CUUGCUCUCUGCCCCUCCGUCCACCCCCAUCUCUAUCCGUCCCCGAGCUCUCGAUCUACCAGAAGAAGCUCGCCCUGCUGCCUCCCGCAAGCCAAUUGUUGCAAAGGAUGCAAGCCUUCUCGAGACAUCUGCGGCCAGGCGCCGCCGUCCUGCGCCAGCUCUCGCGGCGGGCCUACAGCUCCUCAACUUCUCCCUACUCUCAAACCAUCGAGAACCUUCGCAUCAAUACCGAUACCAAGGUCAUCUUCCAGGGCUUCACCGGAAAGCAGGGAACUUUCCAUGCCCAACAAGCCAUCGAAUACGGCACUAAGGUCGUCGGAGGCACAAACCCCAAAAAGGCUGGACAGCAACAUCUCGGCCUCCCGGUCUUCUCCAACGUUGGUGAGGCUGUCAAGGAGACUGGCGCAACCGCUACCGCGAUCUUCGUGCCUCCUCCUGUGGCCGCCGCGAGCAUCGAGGAGGCGGUCGCCGCCGAGAUUCCCCUUGUCGUUUGCAUUACCGAGGGCAUCCCUCAGCAUGACAUGGUUCGUAUUGCCGACAUCCUCAGGUCGCAGUCGAAAACUCGACUUGUCGGCCCCAACUGCCCUGGAAUUAUCGCACCCGGCCAAUGCAAGAUCGGCAUCAUGCCCGGUUUCAUCCAUAAGCGUGGUCGUAUCGGCAUCGUCUCGCGUUCCGGCACCCUGACCUACGAAGCCGUCAACCAGACCACUCAGGCUGGCCUCGGCCAAUCUCUCGUCGUCGGCAUUGGCGGCGACCCCUUUAGCGGUACCAACUUCAUCGACUGCCUCCAGGUUUUCCUAAAGGACGAGGAGACGGACGGUAUCAUCAUGAUUGGCGAAAUUGGCGGAUCGGCCGAGGAAGACGCCGCUGACUUCCUGAAAGCGAACAACACUAAUAACGGUGGAAAGCCUGUCGUCAGCUUCAUCGCGGGUAUUAGCGCACCCCCAGGGCGACGAAUGGGCCACGCCGGCGCCAUUGUAUCCGGCGGCAAGGGCGGCGCAGAUUCCAAGAUCAAGGCCCUGGAAGCUGCCGGCGUAGUGGUUGAGCGCUCGCCUGCUGGCCUCGGACGCGCGAUGAGAGAGGCGUUUGUCAAGCGGGAUUUGCUGUAAGCAGCUUGUCUCGUACGGAGACGGAGGGAUGAACCCGUCAGAUGCUGCGCAGAUUUGACGGGCACGGCACGUGGUGGCGUGAAACCAGGGAUACGUGGAACCGUAUCCAAAUGAGAGGGGGCAUCAAGACUUGAACGGUUGGCAAACCCAACAACGUCCUCGCCACAGCCACAGGAGAGAUUCCUUGCGCGUUUUAAUUUACUCUAUGAUAGACGGCGGGGUGAACG